GAUUAGAUUUCUGUGAUCUAACAUAACCUAACAUUGUGAAAUGUAGAAUGAAUAUUCUAUUCCUAAUUAUAUGACAAAUUAAAGUAUAAACAAACUUAUAGAGCGGAUAUCCUAAGUAAAACAUCAGAAAAAACAUUAAAUAUGUCCGCAAUUAUGCGAAAAGUAAUUAAUCCUGUUAGCAUUCAACAAAAAAUAAAAGGUACAAUAUGGGAGAAAUGGAUGUUUUAUUGGAAAAGUGUCAUAAAGGAUUACAAGGAUGUUGCAAUAGGUUUGAAGGAAGAAGCAAAACAAAAACCAAUAAAAGCAGCUGCAAUUACAACUGGAAUCGCAUUUGCUAGUAUAUGUGCAAAAACAAAUCCCGACCUGAAGAGUUUCCGAUCAAAACAAAUUCAAAGUGUUAUUGACCUUUCUUUGGUUCCUUCAACUGUGGCGAAUCCUACAUCUUUAGAACAUUUGAAAUAUUUAGAAAAAUGCUUCAAUGCUGACUUGAUUCGACAUAGAAGUUUUGGAUUAUUUUCUCUCAUUUGGGUAGACACAUCUAGUGAUAAGUGUAAAAAUUAUGAGAGUACCUGUGAUUACACAAAUUGGAGAUACAUAAACUUCCAUAAACAAAUAACAGAUGUAGGAUUUCUUGGUAUUUGGUGGGUGAUUUCCAGGAAAAUGCUCGAUUAUGAUAUAAAUUAUUAACAAGAAAGUGUAAAUAAAACUUACCUUAACUAGUUCAUUA